GAGUAAAAAAAGUAAAACUUCUGCCGUCCCCAGUAAGGCAGCCCUAGCCCAGCCGCCCCCCGCGGGCGUGGCAGUCCUGAGUCAGGGCCUGUCCGGGGCCAGCAUCCCUGCUGGGCGAUUGAGCGGCGGGAAGCUGCUUUUGAACCAGUCUCAAAGUUAACCCUAACCUAGCACCCAAGCAGGCCUCCUAGGUUGCGGGGACUUGAGAAAAGACAGAGUUCUCAUGUCCUAGGACGCUGGGGCGCGCUGGCGUGACGGGGUCCCGGAGGAAGCGGAGCCCUCGGGGAGCUGGGGACCGCAGCAGGGCUGCAGUCACAUCCUGUGCGAGUGAGCGGCGGGCCAGGCCCGGCAGUUGUUUCGACACGCGCCGAGCUUCGCAGCUCUUCCAGGGGUUCCGCUGCCCGAGCUAGCCCGGGCCCAGUUCUGGGUCGAAAAUGCCUGCCCUUCACAUCGAAGAUUUGCCAGAAAAGGAAAAACUGAAAAUGGAAGUUGAGCAGCUUCGCAAAGAAGUGAAGUUGCAGAGACAACAAGUGUCUAAAUGUUCUGAAGAAAUAAAGAACUAUAUUGAAGAACGUUCUGGAGAGGAUCCUCUAGUAAAGGGAAUUCCAGAAGACAAGAAUCCCUUUAAAGAGAAAGGCAGCUGCGUUAUUUCAUAAAUAACUUGGGAGAAACUGCAUCCUAAGUGGAAGAACUAGUUUGUUUUAGUUUUCCCAGAAAAAACCAACAUGCUUUUUAAGAAAGGAAGAAUGAAAUUAAAAGGAGACUUUCUUAAGCACCAUAUAGAUAGGGUUAUGUAGAAAAGCAUAUGUGCUACUCAUCUUUGCUCACUAUGCAGUCUUUUUUAAGAGGGCAGAGAGUAUCAAAGGUGCAAUUAUGGAAAUAUGAGCAUUACUUGAGCAUGACACUUCUUUCAGUAUAUUGCUUGAUGCUUCAAAUAAAGUUUUAUCUUGGGAAGAUGAGUGUUGGUGAUUUAAGAAGGCACUUUUCAUCCAUUAACUUUUAUAUUUCUCCUCGAAAUCUUUUGGGUGUGGAAUAUGAUUGGGCUUGGAAUAUGAUUGAGAAGAUUAGGUGGUUCGACAGAUCACAUCUCCAAUCCGGCUCUCUGCAUCAACGGUUUAGAGUGCUGAGAUCUGAUCUCUGGAAUGUGUUUGAUCUAACCUUAACUAUUUAGAAACUGAGCAGGUAGAAUUCCUAUAACAUUGACAGAAGUCACAUUAUCUGAGUCAGGAACAAGGCCAAGCCACAUCUAUGUUAGUACUUUCCUAGUUUAUCAUCAUUUAGAUCUUCUUAAUAGUGUUCCUGUAGGAGUAGCCUUGAAGAAAAGACUGAGUUGGGGAUCAGGAAGGGUGCCCUGCCUCUCCGCAGCAUAGUGGCCAGGCCAGCCCUGGCUUUGAGGGCCAGUACUUAACCUACACAGAGCUACAUCUCCCAUGUGCUCUCCAGGUCUUGGGCAUGGCACUACUCCAGUUCUGUGGCAUUGGUGCAGACACUUGGAUCUCUGCACUCAUGCUUACCAGCAUUUUCCAGCAGACCUGGGCCAAACAUGCCUCUUUUUCUUCUCCUCCAAAGGCACCAGUGAAUCUUUGCCCACUUUAAAGAUUAGUUGGUCUUUUUCUUACUGAUGUGUAGGAAUUCUUCAUAUAUUCUGGUCAUUUAUUCAUGGUUGGUGAUAUGUGUUGCAAAUACCUUUUCCCAGUCUGUGGCUUACCUUUUCACAGUGACCUUUCCUUCAGUGGUUUCAUCCUGCAGGGGCAACAUGCCAGAGUAUAACUCCUGCUGAAGUUCAUAACAAGGGUACCUGAAG